GCGGGGCGGGGCUGCCUGUCAGGCGUCUUCCCCUUCGUUGCUAGGCUCCGGGGGAGGAUUCGCCCCCUGCCGCGCGCUUCCGCCGCGCGCUGAGGCUGGAUGCGAGAGCAGCUCCAGGAACAGCCUCCUGAGACUCUGGCUAUCGCAUCAGGAUAACAACUUGAAACCCAGCUUAAUUCUUCUUAGCAGGAAAAAAGAAUUCAAUAUUAAGUGCUGUUUUUGAAAAGCUAAUUUUGCCAGCAAUAAAAUCUAGUCUUUUACAGCUUCAGCACAAUGCAAAGAGCAUCACGGCUGAAGAGGGAGCUCUCCCUCUUGACCACGGAGCCACCUCCAGGCAUCACCUGCUGGCAGAAUGAAAACCAGCUAGAUGACCUACGAGCACAAAUUUUAGGAGGUGCAGACACACCGUAUGAGAAAGGAAUAUUCAACCUGGAAAUAGUUGUUCCUGAAAGGUACCCGUUUGAGCCCCCGAAGAUUCGUUUCCUGACCCCUAUCUACCAUCCAAACAUUGACUCUGCUGGAAGGAUUUGCCUGGAUGUUCUUAAAUUACCCCCAAAGGGUGCGUGGAGGCCUUCCUUGAACAUCUCCACUCUGCUGACCUCCAUACAGCUGUUGAUGGCGGAGCCCAACCCUGAUGACCCUCUCAUGGCAGACAUAUCCUCGGAGUACAAGUACAACAAGCAACUGUUCUUGCUAAAUGCCAGAGAGUGGACUGAGAAAUACGCGAGCCAGCAGAAGGGGGCUUCCAAGCCUCUGGAAGAGAAAAUAAACCGAAGCGAAAUGAGUACCACCAGUGAAUCUACUGUGCAGAAGAGAAAAGGGAGUGCUACCAGCAAGAAGGAGAAGAAAUCUCGCCUGGAUUCCUAGGUGGUUUUCAGUCUUGUUGCAGCUCUCGCCUUUGCUUUUGCUGUCCUCUCUUUGCCUCAAACUUUAACCAAUAUGUGACUGCAGCGCAGGCUUUGUUGUUCUAUUUCCUGGGGUUUUCUUCUGUGAAAAGUUAUAUAAAUUAGAUAAAUAAGAUAUAAUAAAUAAAUUAGAUAUAAAGCUUUAA